UAGGAGGAGGUAUAUAUGUUCUUAUUUCCUUUUCUUGUUAUGUUUUCAACACAUGAAAUAAAAUUCAUGUUUUAAGUUUCACUUUUUGUAGCUAAUGUGCUUUGUGAUAAUCUGCCAUAUCACCUCGUGGGAAUUGGUCAAGAAGUCCAAGGAGGAGAUUUUGAUUUGGUGGGGUCCGGUUCAUGAAGCAAUUAUUACAAAGCCCAUGGCUUUGACAUGCCUUACGAUUGAAGGAUGUUCUCAAAAGUGGUUGGAUCACGUUACCACCUUGCCACAAAAAUCUGUUUCUCAAAAGCAAUUAUUACAAAAGUGGUAAUUGUAAUCUUUUUCAAUUUGAUACCUGGUAAUGUUCUCAAAAGUGGUAACUGUAAUCUUUCUGGUAACUAAAUCACCAUUUUAUCCUAACAUUCCACAUAAUAAUAACUUACUCAUCUGUUUGUAUGUAUGUAUGUAAGAAAUUAAGAGGCUUCUUUUCCUGAAAGUACCUGAGACACGAAAAGUAAUGUUGUUAUCAGAAAUUGAACGAGGAUCACAGUUAAUAAAUUAACUCUUUUACAAAAUUUUCUCCCAUUCUUGAGUAUAAAUAUUAAAUUAAAAAUUGUGAAAUAAUAAAAUAUAGGAUUAUAAAGUGCAUAGAGAUGAGAUACAUACAAAACUGGUGCAAAUAAUGAGGGAAAGGUUGUUAGUUCAUCUUCGUAGAUUACCUCAAAUUAUUGAAACAUGGAAUCGAUCAGAUGAAACUGAUGUACAACCCAGUCAGUUUGCUAAAUCCCUCGCCAAGGAAGUUGGAUAUCUUCAACGUGUGCUUUCACGAACUUUGCAUGAAGCUGAUGUUCAAGAAAUAUUCAAAGAAGUGACCAUCAUUUUUGACAUACAAAUAUCUGAUGCAUUUCAACACGUGGAUAUUACCAAUCAACAAAUAAAAACCAAGUUCUUGCACAAAACUUCACUAAUUAUCGAAAACCAUAAAUUUUUUAAUUCUUUAAAAGGAUUCAGCAUUUUAAUUAUAUGUUUUUUUAUAGGCUUAAUUGUGAUAUCCAGCAUAUCCUUGGAUGCAUAAGAUCAUUGCCAUCAGCCAAGUUAAGUGGUGACUCGGGGGCCCCAUUUGCAGGUCAACUUGAGUCUUUGGUCAAAUAAAUAUCUGCUGAAGCUGCUGAUCAAUAAUAGUAUAUUAUUAUUAUUAUGGAAACGGGAAAGGGGAUGAAAAAGAAACACACAAUAUGUUUGAUUAGGUGAAAUAAUCGGUUUUGGCAAUUUUCUUGGCAUCAUUGGUACUACAGGAAAGCUUAGUUGGCAGGAGGAGUCGCUUCACUUUGGCAGGGUCGUCAAGGUAAAUGUGAUGUCCGUUCAAGAAUAAAGAUCAUAACCUGUUAAGAGGAGAGUUCCUACAUGGAGGUGUAGUUCUUGAUUGCUGCUUUCAUGAUGAUACCUCUGGUUUAAGUGCUAGUGCAGAUGACACUGUCACAAGGCUUGUUUUUGACCACGAAAGGGAGGAUCUUUUGGGACGCCAUGAUGCCCCUGUUCGCUGUAUCAAGUACUCUUAUGCAACAGGGAAAGUGAUUACAGGGAGUUGGGACAAAACUUUGAAGUGUUGGGACCCACGUGGUGGAGGUGCACAGGAGCAUGCAAUGGAGUUUUUUGAUGCAAUGGCACCAAUUAUUUUCUGUUUGCAAGGUGAAGGGAAGUCAAAUCAUCUUUUAUGCGGGUAAGGUGGCAAAAUCAAGGAGCCUGAAAUCUUUAGGAGCCACUACACAUCUUAAUUUUUCAGAUUCUGAUGAUGAGAAACCAUUGUCUUCAAAAUAUAAUUCCAAGUCCAAAGUGGGAUCAUCUAAUAAUCAUAAACCAGUGGUUCCCAAAGUUCAUCAAAAUGGUUCUGCAUCAAAGGAUAAUACUCAACUGAAGAAUAUUGGGUUGAAUAAGAGACCACCAGAUGAGGAAAGAUCUGCUUCUGUUAAAAAGCCAAAGCUUUCUGAUACUGUAACCCCUGUCAACUACAAACCAACAAGGCUGCAAGCACAGGCUGCUGGUGUAGCAUACUCGCAUCCAAUGACUAAUCUUACGAGUCGAAUGGCCGUUUUUGGACCAAACAUGAUGUUUGCGGAUCUAAGAUGUUCUCCAUCAUGUACGCGUGCUGGAGUACAUGGUACAGUGUCCAUCUGUCCUCCAGAUUGCUUUGAGUACAAAGGAACACUUGAUGUUUUCUACAAAAUUAUUCGGAAGGAGGGAUUUGGAAGAUUAUGGCGAGGCACUAAUGUUGGCCUUGCAUUGGCUAUACCAACUGUGGGAAUCUAUCUGCCUUGCUAUGACAUCUUCCGGGAUUGGUUUGAAGAGUUUACAGCUGAAAAUGCUCCAAGCAUGACACCGUAUGCCCCUUUGCUGGUUGGAUCAUUGUCACGCUCAGUUUAGGACAUAAAUUAUGCUAUUAUUUUCCCUUUGAUAGUGUUUAUAAGAUGCAGCAUUAUAAACUCAGGUGGGGACAAUGGCUGGAGGAGCUGCAGACUGUUAGUUUUGGCACAGAAAUUUAGGCAUUAAGUUUCGUUUGCAUGAAUUGGCAAACAAGAGUAGGAUUUCAGUGACCGGCGCUUCAAAGAUGCUUGCCAACAUUCUCUAUUCUUACCGUGGGAUGGGUUUGUCUGUUGGGACAAUGAUUGCAGGAUGAGAUAAAAAGGGCUCUGGUCUGAAUUAUGUAGACAACGAAGGCGGACGUCUCAAGGGAACUAAUAUUUUUCUUUUUUUUUUUAAUUUAAUAUUUUUCUUUUUUCUUAAUUUAAUAUGUAGACAACGAAGGCGGACGUCUCAAGGGACUAACAAACCAUCUGCUGAGUCGACACAGGCAUGUUUUCAAAAUUCGAAUAAUAUUUUUAUUUUUUCUUUUUUCUUAAUUUAAUAUUUUUACGUUUGUGACAACAGCUUUUAUCUUCUAUACCCACCUGUGGAAGACACUCCUGUGGACUUGUCGCUUGCUCCAGAAGCCCCUUCAAAAUCGUCGAUGGUCCCGCUAGCUCUGCUGUCGGAAAUCCAGAUGAAGUUGCAAAACUUUUCCCAUCCCUAUUUGGGCAACCAUCAGCAAUAUUGGUGCCAGGUGAAUCUAAUGAAUCAGGAUCUGCCUUGAAGAUAGGAGUUGUGUUGUCAGGAGGACAAGCACCAAGAGGGCAUAAUGUUAUAUAUCUGGGAUUUUUGGUUAGGAUUUUGAACUUCCAUUUCCUAUUGUUCAUAUUUUUCAUACUUCAUAUGAUAGAUUGAAGGAUUGACUAGUAAACAUCAGCAAUAUUGGUGCCAGGUGAAUCUAAUUAGUAAAGAAAGUUGAAGGAUUGACUAGUAAACAUAAAAGUAGAAUGAAAAUGACAAGUGAUUUUGU